AUGGUCGCCAGCUUUGAUAGGCCCGACGACGUCGACGCGCGAGGCUUUUGGGCGCGUGCUUGCCACUCGGCCAGCGGAAACAUGUCGGGCAGAGUCGUCCACUUGUCUGGCUGGUUGACCGCCUUUUUCUGGUGGCGAGCCGACGGGGCCACGCAGAAGGCGUACAGCGACAAGGAGCUGGCAGACUCAUGA